CUCACAUUCGCUUGAGUUUUACCCAAUCAAAAGGACAUUGUUGGUUACUCUGGGAAAAGUGGAGUGCCCAGGAAACUAAGUACCUGAAGUUUCGCAAGCAUUGUCCAGACACAGCAAUGGAAGAAAAAACAGAGCUUAGUUUGGAGGAAGAAUUUGAAACCCCAGAGGCUAUACAUACAGGGCCUAAAGGGGUGAUCAAUGACUGGCGGAAGUUUAAAUUGGAAGCUAAAGAUAGAGAUGCCCUUCCACUAAGCAAGAAAGAGAUCCUCAUCAGGCAAAUGUCUUCACCUCAUCGUGCUCACAGUAAAGAUGAUAAAGAUACCAGAGAGCGAUUCAGUCGCAAGAUGAGUAUGCAGGAGUAUGAGAUCAUUAAUGAUGAUAAAGAAGAUGAAAGUUGCCUACGGAAAUACCGCAAGCGUUGUAUGCAGGACAUGCACCAGCGGCUGAGUUUUGGGCCCAAAUAUGGUUUCCUUUCUGAGCUGCAGAAUGGGGAACAAUUUCUUGAAGCUGUUGAGAAAGAGCGGAAAACCACAACCGUCAUUGUCCACAUAUAUGAAGAUGAUGUCAAGGGCUGUGAACCACUCAACAAUAGCUUGACAUGCCUUGCUGCCGAAUACUCUACUGUGAAAUUUUGCAAGAUCAAAGCUUCCAACACAGGAGCUGGAGACCGUUUCUCCACUGAUGUUCUCCCAACACUUCUCGUGUACAGAGCUGGGGAGCUUGUAAGCAAUUUCAUUAGUGUAACUGACCAGUUUAAUGAAGAGUUUUUUGCUGUAGAUGUAGAAACAUUUCUGAAUGAGUAUGGGCUACUGCCUGAGAAGGAGAUACCAGCACUUGGAAAUGGCAACACAGGUGAACAAGAAGUUGAAUAGAUGACAAGAUAUUAGGUCCCUGCUCAGUACCUAUUGCAAUUGGAUUGCACCAGAACCCAUUUAGUUAAAGCUGCAAGUACUUAUGCUAUGUAUGCAAACAGAGGUGUAGCAGCUGCUGGAGGGAGUGGGAUUUCCCCUGGAAUUGUCCAACUAUUGAGGACCUCUGGCCACAGCCUGCCCUACCCCAGUCCUAGCCCUGAUAGACAAGAUUGCACUGGCAGCCACUCUUGGAGAGCCCAUUUGUGCUUUUUGCUUUUGGGCACUAGGCUAUGACCCUGUAUACAAGCAGUAUACACAAUAGAAUAAAUGUAAUGAAUGACAAUACAUUCUUGCAGGGAUCCAGAUGUAACUCUGAUUGAGAUAAAUAGGAUUUACCUCCAGAUUGUAUCCAGAGCAGGUCCAAGGUCAUUUUCAAGUAUAGGUGAACAGAAAUUUUGACGCCCCCCCCCCCCCUCCAACCAAUCACUGAAAAAUAAAAAUGUUGGAAAAGCCAAAAUGUUGGAUAAUAAGGAUUAAGGAAAAGCCUAAAUAAAGAGCAACACUCAGGGGAAAUCCAGACAGGAAGCAAUCAGGGACAGCUAAUACCUCCCAAAAAAAGAUUCUCCCAGACAAGAGGAAGCCAGGCCUUGAAGCCACAGGGCCAUUAAAUGCUAAUCAAGGUGAUUAAUUACAACAUCCACACCUGCCUCCCAACAGACAAGAGCUCUUUCUACCACCCUGGACAUUAUUCCACAGACAAAUAAACCCCACUUGCCUUGCUUCCAACAGACAGCAGCGGGCUCUGGAGUGCCCGAUGCGAGCUCCGGAAGGCCCAGCACGCGCUCCGGAAGGCCCAGUGCGGGAUCCGGAGUGCCCAACGCAGGCUCCGGAAGCCCCACUUGGUCCACCGGAAGGCCUGGCAUGGGCUUCCGAAGCCCGCGUUGGGCACUCCGGAGCCCGUGUCAGGCCUUCUGAUGGGCUGGGUGGCCCAAAGAAGGCCCAAAGAAGGCCCGCAAGGCCCGAAGAAGGAGGCGGGGGUGGCGCCAUCCUCCCGGGGGCCUCACUGCGCCCCCAGAAUGAUUGUGCCACAGGAGACCGCCUAAAUGGCCUCGCCGAUGGACCGCCUCUGAUUGUAUUCAUAACCAGCAGCUUCAAUACAUACCAGUUCAUAUAAUACCAAAGUUAAUAGGAAUGUACAAAUAUGGUGACUAUAAAAUUAGUGAAGGAUGUUUUGACCACAUUUAUGUACAUUGUCAAAUGUGCAGAUCCACAAACCAUGGUCUGGUACACCAAACUUAUCUUUUUGACUUUGCAUUCAUUUUAAUUUCUAGAAAAUGCUAAAAAAAGAAAAGAAAAAUAGUAAAGGCUCUGUAGGUAGUGGGGUCAAAAUCAGAAAACAGAAUUAGGUUCUAAAGCUGGAUGGUAGGAUACUUCACAGUACCACAUGGUCUUUAUAUAGUUGUUUUCAGGAUGCACAAUAAGAAGCUGGCCAAAUCCAUUGGAGAUGGAAACUGGAGUUCAUCUAGCUCUACAGAGGCACCUGGAGACUCAUUGCAGGCCCUCUUUAAUGACCAGUAAAUUGAUAAGAUAGUAAUCAAAAAGACUUAUGAAAGAACUGAGGAAUCCUUGGUUUUCCAGAUGUAAGAUUAUUCUUCUCUAUUGUCAAUGCUUCACAAAGCUGAUUGGAACUGGAGCCCAGGAAUACCUACAAGUUCAAAGGUUCUUAAACUCUAACUUCAAAGGUGCAAUUAAAUGAACAUGUUCACACCUGGGGAUAAAGGGGCCUUCAAGGUAAUUGGCUGGAAUCAAGGACAAAAAGGAGGUUGCUUCAUGAGAACUACAUAUUGAGGAGAGCUGUAUAGCCUAGCAGAGCUCUCCUCAUUAUGUGUAAGGUUCAAAGACAAUUAACUGUUUAACUCAAGUUCCUUUGAUUUACUUCCAUUGUCAGUAGUGUAUUAUAUAGAUGAGACUGUUUGAGACUGUUCUGUACUACAUGAAACAAGUAGAUGAUGGUGAAAAUAGAGGUUAAAGAAUUCAACUGGCUUGAAGAGUUUAAAAGAACUGAAAAGCUACAUCUGAACUGAAUUAUGGGUUUUCUGGAAACCAGCAAACAUGUUGGCCUCAUUUUUGUCUAUAAAGUUCUUAAAACAUACAGUUGAAGUAUUCUAACAGUAGUCUUUUUAUCACAUAGGAUAUUUUAAAUAGGAAAUACUUGCCUGGUGGAACAGUUGCUUUGGAAAUGAUACAUUACUGAAAUCUAAUUGGUAACUGAUAUUGGAAAAGCCAUAUUAAAAGUGUAGGGCAGCUUUUAAAGUUCACAUCCAACAUUUAGAGAAACUAGAUUAUUCUUGUAAGAGAUAUAAAAUAAUGUACAGUUAAGCAUACUUUCUGUAUUAGAUAUUAUUAUAAAAUGUUGUAUGUUACAUUACUACUGGUAUUUGCUAAAAAAAAAUUACAUGCUGAUAUCAUCAAUAAAGAACACCAAAAAAAGCAUA